AUGCGGUACUUCGUCGUGGUGCACGAAUUUCGCGCGGAGGAGGACGUGGAGUUGUCCGUCUUGAAGGGUGAGAUACUCAGCGCUACGGAGGGUAUUGUCCAGGAUGGCUGGAUAAAGGUCGAAGUGGCCACAGAUGCUCGCCGCCGCGGCUUUGUGCCUAUGUCGUACCUCCGCGAAAUCUCUGCCGCAGAGGCGACGGCUUCAAUGGCUCCACCCACCGCCUCUGCACCACCAGCGGCGUUCGCGUCGACGUCACCGAUGCGUACGCCGCAGCACACUGAAAGAGAGACCUCAGCGAGUGCAGCGCUUGCCAACACGACAACAUCAACGUCAUUCGACUUGGGAAACCGUAGUGUCAUGCUGGCGAAGGGAUCCAGUCCCUCUCUGCAGCCCGUGCGCAGCCCCGAGGCUGAGACUGUGCAUGCCCAGGCCAGUAGCAGCAGCAUCCACUUGACUCCCGCUCAGCAAUCUGCGGGUCCGGUCAGCCGUCACCUGCUUGAGAAUCCCAACGCUGUUGUGGACGCCUUCAUGAAGAAUGAGGUGUACUUCAACCAACUGAUGCAGCGGCGCGCCUCGGCACUGGCGCAGAUGCAGUCCGGCUUAGAAGAGGCCAUGACGGAGGUGGCCGCUUGCAAGGACCGCAGCGCCGUGCUCGCGCGCAAAUUACGUGAUCUAGAUGGAGUGGUAGAGCGCGAGCGGCAGCGCUGGAUGGACCGCGUGGAGGAGGAGAAGGCACACGUGAGCCGCUCGGUUCCCUACAGCACGCAGUUGGCUGUGCCAGUCAGCUCCGGCACCAGCCCGGUUCGCUCACCUGUCAGCGGACAAAGUGGUAGGCUGGGGCGGAGCAUGCUGGACGGCGACAUCCCACGCGAGCUCAGAACGUAG